AUGAUAUAUGAUGCAUGGAUUCUGCUUGGAUCGCUUGUCUUCGUCUUGCUGCUUUCGGCCAUCAUCAUGGCCUUGACAAAGGGAAAAGCCGUCAACAACAAACAUGAAAUACGAAUAGGAGUGAUAGGCGCCUUGAUGUUCGGAUGGAUUGCAUGGGCCUGUGUGUACAUGUCACAGAUAAAGCCAUUUGUCAACCCAUAG